AUGUCCCGUCCCGCCGGUCCCGGUCCCCCUGCUGGUUACUGGACUGUUCCACAGCAGCAGAGUAUGAGAUCAGAACCCCACCCUCUGAUAUGGAUAGGGGUGACAUUUCCAUGUAAUUAGGAGAAGACAGAAGACCCUCCCUGUGCUGUGAGGCUUCAGCAGGCAGGCAGGGGAAAAUCAGGCUCACUUCCCCUCGCACUGCCCUGCUUUUAAUGGCUCCUUGUGUAGAGGGGGAGUAGACUGGGCUGGACUCACUGACUGGGAGAGACUUGCAUUGAUAAGCCCAGUCUGUCUGUGUACAGAUGUCACUCCUAGUAUGUUGUGAAAAUGUAUCAAACAUGUUUUUUCAAAGGGAUAAAGUAUUUACCCUUUUCAUACAUAGGACACAGCUGCAGUAACGAGUCGAUAGCGACAAUUGAAAACCUUUCAGACAAGUAAAAAAAGCGUCUGUACCUUUUCAGACAGUAGAAUUCUGCAUAGAAUGUUCGGUAUUGUUUCCCUGACAACAAUAAACGUUGAUUGGUGUGCUGUUGUGUUGUUUUCUCUGUAGUUGUUUAUGGUAAUUAGAUAGAUGUGUUUUCUUUCUACUAAAUGUAUUGGUAAGUAAUUGUAUUUAACCAACUUCAAAGUACUUUUCUUAGGAGUGAGUGGUCUGCGCGCAGGCAGCGCAAGAUAAUUUGAUUGACAGUUCUGGUUGCCUAGUGCUGGAUGUUAGCCCCGCUUCAGAAGCAUACUCUUUCAGGCAAACAAACAUGCCAUAGCCGAGGCGCUUUCAACGCGCCACAUUCCAUAUGUCUGAAAGGGGUAUAUGAUAGAUUGAUUUUUCUUUGGAAUACACAAUGUUCAGUGUUUUAUACUGUACAUAGAAAUGUAACAAUUAUAUUUUUGGUGAAAAUAAAGAGGUUUUUAACAGUUGAAGGUUUUUGGACAGUGUUUGCUUAGAUAAAUGGACAUCUAGAGAGUUAUUCUAUUGAGGGUUUCACAUUUGUUUUUCUAUUCAGUUUCAUGUUCAGGACCCACCCACACAUGUAGAUACAAACACAGCACACACACACACACACACACACACACACACACACACACACACACACACACACACACACACACACACACACACACACACACACACACACACACACACACACACACACACACACACACACACACACACACACACACACACACACACACACACACACAAUUACCAAUCAUCCAGUCACCCUGUGUGUUGUCCUCCUCCCCUCAGGUCCAGACAGCAGUCCAGCCGGCAGCCCGACCCCACCCUGCUCCCAGCAGCAGGUCAUCCAGCACAACACCAUCACCACCUCCAGCACAGUUGUAGGGGGCAGCACUGUGCAUAGCCUGCCCAACCACCGUACAGACAUCAACCCCAUCCACUAG